AUGGCGGCGGCGGCGGCGGCAGCUAUGACGGCGGCGGGCUGCGGAGGGGCUGGGGCGGCUCGCUCCCUCUCCCGCUUCCGAGGCUGCCUGGCGGGCGCACUGCUCGGGGACUGCGUGGGCGCCGUCUACGAGGCGCGCGACACCGUCGACCUGACGUCAGUCCUGCGUCAGGUCCAGGAUUUGGAGCCGGACCCCGGCUCGCCCGGGAGCGCGCGGACAGAAGCAUUGUGCUACACAGAUGACACAGCCAUGGCCAGGGCGCUGGUGCAGUCCCUGCUGGCCAAGGAGGCCUUCGACGAGGUGGACAUGGCUCACAGGUUUGCUCAGGAGUACAAGAAGGACCCUGACCGGGGUUACGGUGCUGGAGUGAUCACUGUCUUCAGGAAGCUCCUAAGCCCCAAAUGCCGGGAUGUCUUUGAGCCUGCCCGCGCCCAGUUUAAUGGCAAAGGUUCCUAUGGCAACGGGGGUGCCAUGCGGGUGGCCGGCAUCUCCCUAGCCUAUAGCAGCGUCCAGGAUGUACAGAAGUUUGCCCGGCUCUCGGCUCAGCUGACACACGCCUCCUCCCUCGGUUACAACGGUGCCAUCCUGCAGGCCCUGGCUGUGCAUCUAGCCUUGCAGGGUGAGUCGUCCAGUGAGCACUUCCUUGGACAGCUCCUGGGCCACAUGGAAGAGCUGGAGAGUGAUGCCCAGGCCGUGCUGGAUGCCCGGGAGUUGGGCAUGGAGGAGCAUCCGUACUCCAGCCGACUGAAGAAGAUCGGGGAGCUUCUAGACCAGGACUCAGUGACCAGAGAGGAGGUGGUGUCCCAGCUAGGGAAUGGCAUUGCCGCCUUUGAAUCUGUGCCCACCGCCAUCUAUUGCUUCCUGCGCUGCAUGGAUCCCGACCCCGAGAUCCCCUCUGCCUUCAACAGCCUCCAAAGGACUCUCAUCUACUCCAUCUCGCUCGGUGGGGACACGGACACCAUUGCCACCAUGGCCGGGGCCAUCGCUGGCGCCUACUAUGGCAUGGAACAGGUGCCCGAGAGCUGGCAGCAAAGCUGUGAAGGCUACGAGGAGACUGACGUCCUGGCCCAGAGCCUGCACCGGGUCUUCCAGAAGCAUCUGUGA